AUGAUAAAAGGAUACAGUUGUAUUCAUUUCCGAACCAAAACCACAACCGUAUGCAGGAUGAGAAGUACUGCCACACUGCUGUGCUUAGCACUGAUUCUACAAUGUUGCUGCACUGUGUCUGGAUUGCCCUGGGACACUGGAAGAAGAUGCCGGUGCCUUAGAGAAACCAGAAGCUUUGUGUUACCAUCAUUGUAUAAAAAUAUUGAGAUCUUCCCUAAAGGGGGUAACUGCAGAAAAAUGGAAAUUUUAAUCUUCCUCAAAAAUGACAAUAUUGUUUGUGUUGACCCAGAAGCGCCCUGGGUCCAAGUAAUUCAUGUCUACUUUAAAAACAGGUACAAAAAGAAGAUCAAAAAUGAAAAUUAGUAAUAAUAGUGUGACAGAUCCCAAGAACGGUGGGCGGUGGCUUCCAUUAAAUUACAUAUUAGCACUAAUAAUCUUUUUUUUGGCAUGAGCAAACUAAAUAACUGUUUAAUAUUGUGUUUAACCUAAAUUAGACAUGUGCAAAAAUGUAUAAUUUUGGUAAUAAACAAAUGCAAGAAUACAUAUUUCACCCUAUGUAUUUAUUUGUGAAAUAAGUCACAUAUUUUUGUGCAUAUCUAAUCUAAUUACAGUAGUACUUUUGGUAAAAAAAAAAAGUAAUUGAUCACUGUAUUGGACUGAAAGUGACAUGGCAUUACUAAAAUGUGAACUCUCUGUAGUCAUUUUUCUAAUCAGAAAACUUUGAAGCCUUCUGCUAUUUUCAUGCAGAUUAUAAAAAAAUGUUCUUCAAAGUGAAUUAAAAAAAAAAGCAAA